UGAUUUUAAUCUAUAUUCUAAAAUGUGGCUAUCUAUUUAGCAUUCGUAUUGGAACUCGUGGAGGCAUUGCUUCACUCCUUGCAUUGGGUCUGUCAAUGGCGAAAGGUGUCCAUGAGAGUGCCGCUGAAGCUCUUUGGACUCUCUCUUUCCAUCAUAUUAAUGCUAUGCAAAUAGUGGAUGAGGAGGGGCUACCGUAUAUAGCUCACCAUUGUACUUCAUCUCUAUCAAAAAUGGUGCGAUUUGUGUCUGCGUUGACACUUACAUAUAUCUUCGAUACAAGAAUGGAUGAGUUUUGUCUAUCAGGGGGUUCUACAGGACGCAAUUUGAAGAGAAAAAUAGAUGCAUUUAGGUCCUCUGCCAUGAAGUCCAUUGACGACUUCAUCUUUGCAUUUUCUGACCCACAAUUACUUUCUGCUGUGGCUACAUCGUCAUCUCCUGCAUUGUUGACUGAAGUCGCGUUGUCGGCUUAUAUCGUAGGAACAGCUCAUCUGAGAUGCAGUGGCGCUGAAAUUGAGCGAUUCACCUAUAUGCUCAGAAGUUCCUGCAUGGAAAUUAGAACUUGUGCUGCAUUUGCUCUGCUGCAGUUCACUUUUCGUGGAAAUCUACACGCGGCAUACCAUGCUAGCUUAUUGCAAAAUACUCGUGCAAGAGCAGCUCUGCGAGCUGCAGCGGCCUCAGCAACAGGUUCCGUUCAGUCGAAGAUAUAUGCAAAGAUAGUACUGCGGAACCUCGAGCACCAUGAUACAAAGACUGCUGAAAAUGACGUUUAGGAACACAGUUGAAGUGAUUGAAACGCUGUUGAAAGUAUUCCGUUCUAUUAGUCAUUAUCAGUGUGGAUCGUAACAAGGGUGUUACCCCUUCCGUCUUUUUACAGCACUUUUUAGUAAUUAAAAAAUUUCACAUCUCUAGUUCUUUAUAUGUGCUCUCCUCUUUUUAUCUUCUUUUAUAGUAAUUCUCAAAGUCCCAAAUAUAUUAAAUUUCAGAAUUAGCAUGUCACU